AUGGAGUCGCUUCUCGGGGCGGCAAGCAAUGACGUGACGCAAUGCCGAUCGGCGGACGAUAUGAAGGCGUGGAUGGUGCGGCUGUUUGCGGGCAAGCUGUCGCCGACGCGUGCGGAACACGUGUCAGCGUCGUUUGACAUCCCGUCGGACGUGGUGCUGGAUCUGGGCGCAGCAACGCAUAGCGGCAGUGAGUCGACGGAGACGGCAGCCGGCGGCGACGCGACGAGCAGUUUUGUAGGUGGCACGGGCCUGAAUGCGGCAGUGAAGAGCUUGGUGCAGGUGCGGGACGUGGUGAUGAACCAGCCGACGGACCGGCCGAUCCUGCAGCAGGCGGUCGCGACCUUUAUCGUGAUGAGCAUGCGGGAGACAGACGGCAGCGUGUGGGAGGCGCGAUCGGCCUCACGGUCAGGACACGGCUGGACGCUGACGUGUGCCUGCAAGGGCUCGAUGGAGUGCUGGUUGCGGGCGCAUCCGCGCCGCAGCACUGUGGGGCAGUCGAGCAGCGACGACAUGCGGGACCUCGUCAAUUUGUCCCGUCCUGCGUUUGACUGCCGCGGCAUCAUCACCAUCACGUUUUCGCGCUUCAGCCGAUCGAUUGUAGUCAAGUACGAGCACACCAACUUCCACACAACCGUGGCCCAGCUAUCGAGCCUCUUUCCCCCACCACGACCACCGUCUGCGGUUGGGCAGGCGAACGGGGUGCCUGGAUCGGCAAAGAAGCGGCCAAAGCCGGCUGGCGAGCCGGGCACAGAGGGCACGCCCAGGACGAAGAAGGCGAGGCAGACCGUAUCGACCGGGCCAGAGCAGGCCGUGCCAGAACAGGUUGCAUCGGAGCAGGCGGCAACAGCACCAUUAGUACCAUCAGCACCAUCAGCAGAAGCACCACCGACAGAGUUUGCAAGCGCGCCACGGGAUUGGGUGGUGCUCACAGGCUCAAAGGCAAAGAAGCCGAGGAAGCCGCGAAAGCGGAAGCCCAAAACGGGUGCAGCCGCAGAUGUUGCAACUGCAGCGACUGUAGAGAUGGCCAGCGUGGCUGUCGUGGCAUCCGAGGCCGUAGACGUGACGACGACGACGACGACGACGACUCAGGACGCUGAUAGGAGCCACGCUGUCGAGAUAUCCGAUGGCGACGUGGCACAUGCUCUGCAGCAGUACCUGGACACGACCCCAACAGACGGCCCAGACGACACGGCUUCUGGGCAGGUCCUGGAUGGUAGCGAUGCUGCUUCUGCUGCUGCUGCUGCUUCGUCCGCUAGCGUCUCUCAGUUCGAGGGCGCAGUCAGCAGGCCGAGCGAGGUCUCCCCUUCGCAGCCAGCAGCAUCCACAGCUGCUGCGCCCACAGGAACGCUGACGAGUGGCAGCGAGGAGCCUCUAGCCGCCGAGAAGCCACCACAGCCACAGCAGCCACAGCAGCCACAGCAGCCACAGCAGCCACCGUACAUGCUGGUCACAGAGGCGCAGGUGUCGUCGCAGCGACAGUCUACGGCCAUCAGACUGCUGACGGAGCGCAACGUCGACCCGGCGACGCUGAACCACGAGCAGUUCUGCACAUUUGCCAACCAGGCGCCGAGCCUGCAGAAGGAGUCGCUGGAGCUGCUGGCACACUACGGCGCCGAGAGGUUGGCGAUCGUGCCGCCGCGCAGCCGCUCUGCCGCAACGACACAGCCGGCGACGACACCACAGCCUGUGGCAGCGCCUGCGGGAAUACCUGCGGUUACUGCUGGUCAGGAGGCCCCAGCAGAGGUACAGGAGGUGCCGAUGCCGUCGCAGACACAGACGCGAGCACAAUCACAGGAACUGGGAGGUGGUGGCCAGACGGCUUAUCCUACCCCAGCAACGACUGCAGCCGAUCCGGCCAGCCACCAGGAACAGGUCAGCACGGCCAUGGAGCGGCCAUACGUCAGACAAAGUCAGCCGACAGAAGCGACUGCACCUGCACAGACAAGCAACGAGCAGGCUACCCCACGGAAACCUGCCCGGCGCAGAUCACGCAAAGCGGUCGAGCAGGUCGGGCUUCUAAACGCGGACGACACGCUGUCGGGCUCGCAGUCGCAGACCGCUGCCAACGGUUCGGCAAAACCUCCGAGGAAACCGCGUGCCCGCAAGUCUGCCGCUGCUGUGGCGACAACAGACACGACCAUGGCAUUGGCAGCAUCUGCUGACCAGGGCAAGCCCAACAUCAACGGCCAGCAGCAGCAGCAGCAGCAGCAGCAGAACAGCCAUCCUCCGACGGUCUCUGCCGCUUCCUACUAUACACUCGAGCAGCUGGCUAGCCAGACAGCAUCGACCAGCAGCGUCUCCGACACGGCCGCUGCUGCCAGCACGGGCUCCGGGAGCGAUGGCAGCGGCCACGUGCAGUACAGCAGCAGCUACUCGCAGUACAGCAGCUAUGGCGGAGCAGCAGACGUCGCAGGCAGCCAGACCAGCCAGCCGGCUUACAACAGCUACGGGAACGAACCGGACAGUCGGACGGCCUACCGGACUAUGAGCCCCAGCUAUGCCCGAUACGGGACCCAAGCAGGAAACCAGAACCAGAGCCAGACGUCCAUCGGCGAUGUCGCUGCACCGACCACAACUACGGCUGCCAGUCUUGCCACCAGCAGCAGCAGCAGCAGCAGCAGUACUGGCAGCAGCGCCUUUUCCAGCCGCGCAUACGCCCAGCCUCACGCGUACAAUGCCGUCGCGGCACCCGUUCCUGCAGCAGCCCGCAAUGUGGGUGGCACCGAUGGGGCGAGCGAUCCGUGGACGACGGCUGGGACGGCGACAAACACCGUCGUCGGGCAGACGCGGACAGGCUACGGCGCUGCCAACGACGAGGAGUACUAUGAAAUUCUACGGCGGACGCAGGGAUCGUAG